UUUGUACAUAACCGGUGUAAAGUCAUUAAUCUAUCUUGGAGGGUAACGAGAAUUUUUUCAACUGAAAAACAUGAAACUCAAGGAAAAAGAAGUCAAGAUUGUUGUACACGAAAUGUUUAAAAUCAAAACUACCUACAAAUUCAAUUGUAUACGUCUUGGAACUGCUUUCAAAAAAGAUUUACGUGGAUUGAUUUUAGGGGGAGAAGAUGGAAUUAUCAGAAUUUAUGACAUGUCAGCUGCCAUUGAGACCAAAAAUCCACAGAUUCUACUGGAAACUAAGGGUGGACCUAUUCAGACAAUGGCUGUACACGAUGUGACAAAAUUUUACAAUGAUGACUUGGUAACUGGGGACUCUGUUGGCAUGGUAACAGUUUUCUGUAACCAACAAAUACUGUGCAGGCACAGUUUAGCAAGAGACAGCAUAAAAUGUCUUCAAAUACACAAGGAUCCAUUGGGUAACUGUAGUAUCGUGACUAGUGAUGAGUCAGGCUAUAUAUGUGCUAUAUUACCAUCUAAAGAAUUGUGGAGAAUCAAUAUCAACAACUUACCAACAUCAAAGGGUCCAUCAGAAAAGUCUGUGGUUACAUGCUUACUGUCCACUGACCUGGUGACACCAACAGGAGAGAAAUGUAGCUAUAUCCUUGCAGCAGACGACAGUAAACGUCUUCAUUUUGUUCAUCAAGGAGAGGUAGUGAUGACAUUGAAUACACCAGAAGUAAUCACUGCGAUGUGCAGUGGGCUAUUUAUAGAUACAGACAAGCUGGAUGUUGGCCAGGAAGCAAGUAGCAUGAAAUCUCACUCCCAUGUGGCGCUAGGAUGUAAUAAUGGAGCCAUUUAUAUAUUACAUAACUUCACAAUAACUGAGGAGGAGUUUGGUAAUGCCAAGUAUCACAUAACCCACCUUAUCUGUCACCCAAGUGUGAAUCUCAAAGUGGACUUACUACUGUGUGCUGGACACUUCAAUUCUUUACAUGUCUACCAUGAAGGGAAGAAAGUUGGACACUACCAGACUCCUGAAUGGAUAAACUCUAUGGAUAUAUCGUAUACUAACAAAGACAGAAAACCAGAAAUUGUAGUUGGUUGUUUGGAUAACUCAGUAACAGGAAUAAAUUUGCUUGAAACAUGAUCUAAACCUCUUGUUAUUA